AUGACAUUUGGUGAUGUGGCCAUUCAUUUCUCUCCAGAAGAAUGGGAAUGUCUGGACUGUGUUCAGCGGGACUUAUACAGGAAUGUGAUGGUGGAGAAUUACAGAAACCUGCUCUCUGUGGUGGUCUCUUCUCAUUAUACCCAAUACUUUUCAUCGAAGGAGAACAUAAAGCUUUCGUUCCAAGAAGUAAUAAGAAGACAUGAAGAGUGUGGCAUUGACAGUUCAAGUUUAAGGAAAAAGUGGGAAAGUGUAAGUGAGAAUGAAGGUCAGAAAGUGUGUUACAGUGGACAGUGUGUGGCUAACAAUAGUACAAACGUCUCUGCCCAAAAGACUCAGGUUAUGGCAGGUACCCAGGAAGAGCCCUACCUUUCAAUAAGCAAAUGUUCCCAGCGACAUUGGAAAUGCACCUUUCCUUUGCAAGGAAACUGGGGACAUCUGAAAGGGGCCUAGGAAGGUAUAACUAGUAAGCUGAACAGUUUAAAACGUAGCACUGGAUUACACUUUUAUUCAAACAUUUCUGGAGAUAGAUUAGAAAAUGAAUGUAUUUCUGAAUGUGAUCAGUUUGAGAGUUCUUUUACAAAAAAAUCAUUAUUUUGCAGUGAACGAGCAACGCCUUGUGCCAAAAUAUACAGUUUUAGUGAAUGUGGGAAAGAAUUUUCUUACCCAUCAUUAGAUUCUUACCCAUCAUUGUUAAGUCAAAACACAGAUACAACUAUUUGGGAAAGGGAGGGCAUGUUUAAUGAAACUACACAGACUGUUAGUCGGAGCUGUAUCAAAAAUAAUUACCAGGAUAUUUAUAUUGGAGAGAAAACUUAUAAAUGCACUGAAACCCAUAAAGACAUUAAUCAUGGUUCAAAUCAUAGUAAACAUAUUCCUUUUCCAGAGAAUGUUUACAAAGGUAACAGAUGUGUCUUUCAUCAGGGCUCAAAAGAUCUUCAUCUGAGUUCCCACCUUCAAGACAAGGCUUUCAAAUGUAAAGAAUGUGGUAAGGCCUUUAAUAGUUGUUCAUAUCUUAAUGUGCAUCAGAGAAUUCAUACUGGAGAGAAACUCUUUGAAUGCAAAGAAUGCGACAAAGCCUUUAUUGAUUGUUCAGCCUUUACUUACCACCAGAGAAUUCAUACAGGGGAGAAACCUUACGAAUGUGAAGAGUGUGGCAAAACCUUUAACAAACGUUCAAACCUCAGACAACAUCAGAGAAUUCAUACUGGAGAGAAACCUUACAAAUGUCAAGAUUGUGGCCAAGCUUUUAACCAAAGCUGGCAUCUUAGUCGACACCGGAGAGUUUAUGUUGGAGAAUGUGGCAAGUCCUUUAUCAAGUGUUCCACUCUUAGACGACAUCAUGCCAUUCAUACCGGAGCAAAGCCCCACAAGUGUAAGAAGUGUGGUAAGACCUUUGUUCAUAUUUCAAAUCUUACUGAACACCAAAACAUUCACACUGGUGAGAAGCCAUUCAUAUGUAAAGAGUGUGGCAAAGCCUUCAGCAAUGGUUUAAGCCUGAAACGACAUCAUGUAGUUCAUACUGGAGAGAAGCCCUACAAGUGUAAAGAGUGUGAGAAAGCCUUUACUCAGAUUUCAAAACUUUGUGAGCAUCAGAGAGUUCAUACUGGUGAGAAGCCCUAUAAAUGUGAAGAAUGUGGCAAAGCCUUUCACAAAUGGCCAUCAUUUAUGUACCACCAUCGAACUCAUACAGGAGAGAAACCCUAUGAAUGUAAAGAGUGUGGCAAAGCUUUUACCAAAGGCUCGGAUCUCAGAAGACAUCACAGAGUUCAUAGUGGAGAGAAACCCUACACAUGUGAAGAGUGUGGCAAAGCUUUUACCACAAGCUCAAGUCUUAGGAAGCAUCAUAGAAUUCAUACUGGGGAGAAGCCCUACACAUGUGGACAGUGCAACAAAGCCUUUAGACGUUGUUCGCACCUCACUGUACAUCAGAGAAUUCAUACUGGAGAGAAACCCUACACAUGUAAAGCAUGUGGCAAAGCCUUUUCCAGAUCUUCAAUCCUUAGGCAUCAUAACAGAAUUCAUACUACAGGGAAGCGUUCCUGAUGUAAAGAU